ACCUUCAAAAUCGAUGAAAGCCGCGAGACGCGUCGCUGUCAUUUUGCAUUUUUAUACCACAAUUCUCAAUAAAUCCCACAGUUUGGGUUGAAAACGUUUUAAAUACAUUCCAAAAGUGCAUACAUCCUUUAUUAGUGACAUUAACAAGUGAUAACCAGGUCUACACGGCCUCAAAAGCGCAUUAUUUGCGCUUGAAUUUCGUGCGAACUUGGUCGAUUUAAUCCGCCAAAAUUAGUGCUGUAAUGGUUCGCGGAACUGGCAGGGGCGGCAGAGGCAUGCCCGGACGUGGCGGGAUGGGGCGUCCGCCCUUCAACAGACCCAGGAUGCUCAUGCUAAGACCCCCUUUUGAUUUGAUCUUGGCAGAGCCGGCAUUUCCUCGAUGCAAACCUGCCCCGGACGAUGCGGCGCUUACCCAGGCACUCCUUAAGCGUCACGCCGAGCUGUGUCCCACGCCAGCGGAGCAGUCGGCUGUGCUGAGCCUCGUCACCAAGCUGCAAACAGUAUUAGACAACUUGGUCGUCGCCCCUGGUGACUUCGCUGCCUGCCAACUGGAAGAAGUAAGGCAGGUGGGCUCGUACAAGAAAGGAACGAUGAUGGCUGGCAAGAAUGUUGCUGAUAUCGUCGUCAUCAUGAAGACUUUGCCCACUAAAGAGGCUGUUGAAGGUCUCUCUAAUAAGGUCAACGAAGAACUAAACAAACUGAUGCGUGCCGACGGCGGUGGUUCUGUGGUGUGCGCGUGCCACGAGCGCGGAUUCACCGUCACCGCCGCCGCGGCCGCCGUGCGAGUGUUGGUCACGACUCUCCACCAGAACUUGAGGAAGCUGGAGCCUGAUGUGCACCUGGAUUAUAAGGUGAUCAGCAGCCACCUGGCUGCCAUUCGCCACAGCCGCUGGUUCGAGGAGAACGCUCAUCACUCCUCUAUCAAGGUCCUAAUCCGCCUCCUCCGGGACAUGUGUUCGCGCCACUCGGGGCUCGAACCCCUGACCCCGUGGAUGAUCGACCUGCUAGCUCAUCACUGCAUCAUGAACAACCCGGCGCGCCAGGCGCUGCCCAUCAACGUUGCUUUCCGUCGCGCGCUAUCCCUGGUGGCGGGCGGUCUGUUCCUGCCGGGCUGCGCCGGCCUGCCCGACCCGUGCGAGGCGGCGCACGCGCGCGCUCACACCGCGCUCGACCUCGCUGCCCAGGACUUAGCCGCUGCCACAGCUCAGACGCUCCUCCGCGUGGUAGCGCGCGGCGGGCACCGCUACGUGCUCGGACUGCAGGCCUUUGAAGGAGGCAAGGACAUCUCCACCGAGAUCACGGUGUGGGACGGCGUGGUCGUGUCUCCCCUCGCGCCGGCGUACCAAGACUCGCCCGAGCCGAUGGACACGGACGAUAAAGAUGAAGAUGGGCAAGAUGGCGUCGCCGCUUAGUUUAAACUAGUUUUAAGACCAUAGUUUAUCUAUGUACAACUAUACUUCUCAAAUAAACUUUCUAAGUUUUUAUUUAAAA